UGCAAAGUACCUAUUUUGUGAAAUUGAUUUGAAUAAUAUUGGGUUAUGCGCCAGCCAAAUACUAAAAUAUUUUUAUAAACAGCUAUGUUUUGAUUAUUUCAAAUCGUUUUAAUUAAUUUAAGUGGUGAUGUGUUAAUAGAACUACCAAUAUGGAACGAUUAAAUAAUUGCAAGGUUGCAGGAGCUAGCUAGUGUUGAUUGCCCAAUAUGGCGGCUGCCGGAAUCAAAUUGUCAAAAAGAUGUUUAUGGCGGCUUUCAGAACGUUCUUACAUUAUGUUUAAAAUAAAGUUAACAAUGUGAUAGUGAUGGUAAAGUAAGAUUUAAAGGCUAACGCAGUGCAUAAAAGUAAAGACUGAUAAUUAUUAGUAGAAUAUAGCAAAUAAGUAAAACAAACUUCUCUGUAUCAUCAACUGUAGAGUUGAUGCAUUUAAAAAUGUAUUUAAAACAAAAUAACUCAAGAAGUGUACAGUUAAAGUGCUUAUGAGUUAAGAGUUUCAGCUAUGUUGCAUUAUGAGUGGACAAAAUGAACAUACUUCAACAUUUGGUGUACCAGCAACACUGUCACUCAUGGGUGUGGAACGCGCGGCAAACUGUAGUGGAGUCGGCGGCGGGGCCGUGGCACCGGAGGAAGCCCUCAACGGUGUCGCGUCUGCGGAGCGGGCAGAUGAGCCGCCACGGAAAAAACUUAAACAAAUGGCCGUCGAGGAUGGCUCCUCGGUCCGUAAACGGAUUCUCGAAUAUAAACUGCAACGUUUAAAAAAUUUACGUGAAAGAUUUACGGAACAACUGAGCGAGCUGUAUUUUCUGCAAGCGGGCGGAAACAUGAUGGAUUACGCCGUAUGGCGAAAGCGGCCCCCGGCGCCGCAGCUCAUGGCGUUUCUCGAAGCGCGGCGGCCUCCACCCGUCGCGUCGCCGCCGCCCUCACCUCCGCCCCCGCCGCCCGCCGCCGACCCCGCGCCUGCGCCCGCCGAUGAGAUGGUGGAGAAGGCCAAGCAGGAGGCGUACGUGGCGGCGCGCGUGGCGGAGCUGGCGCGUGCAGGCCUGUGGGCGGAGCGCCGCCUGCCGCGGGUCCUGGAGCCGCCCCGCCCCAAGACGCACUGGGACUACCUGCUGGAGGAGAUGGCGUGGUUGGCACAAGAUUUCGCCCACGAACGCAAGUGGAAAAAACAAGCUGCAAAAAAAUGUGCACGAGCAGUUCAAAAAUAUUUUCAAGACAAGGCUGCAGCAGCACAGAAAGCAGAAAAAGCACAAGAAUUGCAACUCAAAAAAACCGCGGCCUUCGUGGCUAAAGAAGUUCGACAGUUUUGGUCUAAUGUUGAAAAGCUCGUGGAAUGGAAACGAGUGAGAAGAGUGGAGCGUGCGAGAAAAGAAGCCCUUGACGAGCAACUCAGCUACAUCGUAGAUCGGACCGAGAAGUACUCCCGCCAGCUCGCCGCCAACCUCGCCACGCCCGCGCCCCCCGCCCCUGCUGUCGCCUCCGACGACGAGUUCCAGCCGCGCGACGACUCCGACGACGACGAGGAGACCAUCGCCGCCGCCGAGCGCGACGCGCCCGACGACCACGGCGCCGAGGUAGAGGCGCUCCGCCGCGAGUCCCACCUCGACCUCGGCGACCUGCUGCCGCCCGGCUACGUACCCGCGCACUCGCCGCCGCCCUCCGACUACGACGCCGCCGAUGACUCCGCCGACGACGAGGACACCAUCGCCGAGCAGGAGCGCGCCGAGCGCCCCGAGGACACCGCGCGGGAGCUCGAGGCUCUCGCGCAAGAGGCCGACCUCGACAUAGCCGAGCUCGUCCGCCGUUAUUCCGCCGCGCCGCCCGCGCCCGCCGCCGCCUCGCCCGCCUCGCUCGCUUCGUCCGACACCGCCACCGACGUCGACAGCGACGACGACGAGCCCGACCGGGACAGCGAGUCGGACGACUCCGACUCGGGGUCGGCGGCGUCCGAGCGGCUCGAGGCGCUCGUGGAGCCGGCUGCGGGGGAGGAUGGCGGCGGCGAGCGGCGCGUGGAGGCGGCCGCAUCGCUGGCGGCCACGCUGCAGCCCACCGGCACCACGUUGUCGGAGACGGCGGUGGGCACGCCGGUGCCGGCGCUGCUGCGGCACUCCCUGCGCGAGUACCAGCAUGUCGGCCUGCACUGGCUGGCCACCAUGCAUGCGCGCGGACUGAACGGCAUCCUCGCCGACGAGAUGGGCCUCGGCAAGACCAUCCAGACCAUCGCGCUGCUGGCGCACCUGGCCGAGCGUCGCGACUGGGGCCCGCACCUAGUGGUGGCGCCCACCUCCGUCGUGCUCAACUGGGAGCUCGAGUUCAAGAAGUGGUGCCCGGCGCUGAAGCUUCUCACCUACUACGGCACCAUCCGCGAGCGCCGCCUGAAGCGCGUCGGCUGGACCAAGGCCAACGCCUUCCACGUCUGCAUCACCUCGUACAAGCUGGUCGUCCAGGACCACCAGAGCUUCAGACGCAAACGUUGGAAAUACCUCAUCCUCGACGAAGCGCAGAACAUAAAGAAUUUCAAGUCGCAGCGGUGGCAGAUGCUGCUGAAUUUUCAGACCGAAAGGCGGCUGCUCCUGACGGGUACGCCGCUCCAGAACAGCCUGCUGGAGCUGUGGUCGCUGAUGCACUUCCUGAUGCCGGCGGUAUUCGCGUCGCACUCGGAGUUCCGCGAGUGGUUCGCGCCGGUGGCGGGGCUGGCGGGCGCGGAGGGCGGUGGGGGUGGGGCGGGCGGCGCGGGCGAUGCGCUCGUGCGCCGUCUGCACGAGGUGCUGCGCCCGUUCCUGCUGCGCCGCCUCAAGCGCGACGUAGAGCGCCAGAUGCCGCGCAAGUACGAGCACGUGCUCAUGUGCCGCCUCGCCAAGCGCCAGCGGUUCCUCUACGACGACUUCAUGUCGCGCGCUAAGACGAAGGAGAGUCUAGCUUCGGGAAACUUGCUGAGCGUGAUCAACGUGCUGAUGCAGCUGCGCAAGGUGUGCAACCACCCCGACCUGUUCGAGCCGCGGCCGGUGUCGUCGCCGCUGACGAUGGCGGCGCUGCGGCUGGCCGUGCCCGCCCUCGCGCUCGACACAGGCGUGCACCGCCGCCGCGCCGCCGCCGCGCGCCUCGGCGGCGAUCUGGCCACCCUGGAGGCGGCGCACGUGCACGCGUUCGCCGCCCAUCGCGCGCGUCAUCUCGCCCCGCCCCGCCGACUCGUGGAGGAGGUGCCCCCGCCGGAGCCCCCGCGGCCCCCGCCCGCCGCUCUGAGGCUCCAUCUCCGGCUCGUCCCGCGCGCGCCGCCGUCCACUCGGGCGCCUCCCGCGCCUCCGCCGAAGCUAGCCGCGCCCCCGCCCGCGCCAGCGCCGCCCCCCCGGUCCGCCUCGACCGAGCCGCCCGCGUCGGCGUCGGCGCGGCGGCUGGCGGCGCACCGCGCCACUAGCCUUCGGAACUUGGCCGUCACUAACGAGCGCCGCUGCUGGCGCCUGCCGCUGUACGGUGCCGACCUGCGCGCGGCCGCCAGCGCGGGGCCUCCGCCGCUGCCGCCUCGCGACCUCGCCGCCCUUCUGCACGAGCUCCACGAUAUUAUUGACAGGUUCGUGAUAUGUUGGGUGCCGUGUCGUGCGGCCGCCCCGGAGCUAUGCGUGGGUGCGGGGAGCGCGGCGCGGGGCUGGCGGCGGGCGGCGCGCGACGCUGAGCGGGCGGCCGAGCGGCCCGCACGCGCCCUGCUCUCCCUGCUCCACGCACCCGCCGCGCGCGCCGCCGUCGCCUUCCCGCACCCGCGCCUCCUACAGUACGACUGCGGCAAGCUGCAGACGCUCGACCCCCUGCUGCGCCGCCUCAAGGCCGGCGGCCACCGCGUGCUCGUCUUCACGCAGAUGACGCGCGUGCUCGACGUGCUGGAGGCCUUCCUGUCGAUGCACGGCCACACCUACCUGCGGUUGGACGGCGCCACGCGCGUCGAGCGCCGCCAGCCGCUCGUGGAGCGCUUCAACUCCGACCCGCGCGUGUUCGCCUUCAUCUUGUCCACGCGGAGCGGCGGCGUCGGCCUUAACCUCACGGGCGCCGACUCCGUCGUCUUCUACGACUCCGAUUGGAACCCGACCAUGGACGCGCAGGCGCAGGACCGCUGCCACCGGAUCGGCCAGACGCGCGACGUGCACGUGUACCGCCUCGUCACGGCCGCCACCGUCGAGGAGAACAUCCUGCGCAAGGCGGAGCAGAAGCGCGCGCUCGGCCACCUCGCCAUCGACGACGGCCACUUCACCACCUCCUACCUGCGCGCCGUCAACAUCAAGGAGUUGUUCGGGUCGGAGGAGGGGCGCGGUGGCGACGAGUGCGGCGGCGAGGGAGAGGGCGGCUCGCUGGAGAGCGCGCUGGCGGCGGCGGAGGACGAGGCGGACGCGGCGGCGGCGGCGGCGGCACGGGCUGAGGUGGCCGGCGACCUGGCCGAGUUCGACGAGACCGUGCCGCUCGAGCCCGACGCGGCCGACUCGCACCCCGCCGCGCGCCCCGCCCCCGCACAACCCGCCGACCCUGACGCGGCUCCGCUCGCUGCGCUCAUGAAGCAGUUGACGCCGAUAGAGAAGUACGCCAUGAGAUUGGUAGAAAACAGCGAAGCGGCAACGGAAGCCGAGCGGAACGCGCUCGGGGAGAUGAGACGGCAGCUGCGCGAGUGGGAGCAGGCGCGCCGGGCGCUGCGAGAGGAGCCGGCGCCGGCGCCGCGCGCGCCCUCGCCCGACCUCACGUACUGCCGCGAGGACGCCGCCGCACAGAUAUGGAUCAGCGCUAACGACCCGAUACAAAAAAUGCCUAUGUGGUGCCCCCCGACCCCGCCCUCCAGUGAGGGUGACGUGCACUGCGACAGCUGGGCGCGCGCACUCUACCGGCCCGGUGCCGCCGCCGACGCGCUGCUGCCGCCCGUGCGCUGGCGCGAGCGCGCCCCCCGCUCUCCCCGCCGCUCCCGGCCGGCAGCACGGGCGCCCGCCGCGCCGCCCUCUCUAUUCGAGCGCUCCGGGCCGCGAGCGCGCACCCGCCGCCCCGCACCCGCCCCGCAGCACGCCGCGCCCCCGCCCGAAUGGGCGCCGCACGAGGAUGCCGCCCUGCGUCGGGCGCUUCGUCUUCAGAGGCUGCCGCCGGAGCCCCCCGCGGCUCACGCUCCGAACUGGGAUUGGUUGGCCGACCUCGUGGCCGACGCCGCGCGGGCGUAUCGAUCCCCGCGCGCCUGCCGCGAUCGUCACGACGCGCUCGCCGACCCGGACCGGGCGAGGCGCAAACAUCGCCCCAAGCCGCUCCCGCGGCGCCGACCCGACGACGAGAUGCCGCGGCCCCCUCUCCAGCGCAUCGACGCCAUGCGCGACGCUGCCGAGCGCCGCCGGGCUGCGCCGAAGCGUCGCCUCGACGACGCGUCGCACCACAACCCCAAGCACGCCGCCCUGCUGGCCGAUCACGGCGUCGACUACGACGCUCCGCCUACACCCAUGGAGGUGGCCACCCGCCGGGCGGAGCGAAUAGCCAAGGAGAAGCUAAAGGCGGGGGCGUCGGCCGCGGCCGGGGUUCCGGCGUCGUCGGCCCCCGCGGCGGUGUCCGGGGCGGGGCCCGGGACGCCGGCGCCGCAACGCAUCGUGGUGGCCGCGGGCGGGGGAGCGGGGGCCGGCGAGACGCGUCGGCCGCGCCCCGACGCGCCGCUGCUGUACCGGCAGCAGGCGCUGGCGGCUCGACAUCAUCUCAAGAUUCUUCACCACCCUUCGCCGCCGCAGAGCGGAGCCAGCGUGGCCAGCAUCGAUGGGGGAGGGGCGGGGGGCGCGGGCGGUGCUCUUCGCUCGCUGCAGCUGCAGCAGCUCGCGCUGCGGCGUGCUCGGCCGCCGCACCACGUCGUGUUGGCGCACCUCGCACCCGCGCCCAGCGCCGCGCCGGCGUCGACCGCGCCGCCGGCCCCGACGGCGCCAGCGCCGCCGCCACACGCACCCGACCCGCCACAAUAAAAUGUGAUAUGAUGUGUACAAAUCAA